AUGGCCGACGCAAACGAACAAGGCCAGCCUACGCGUCGUGGGCGCGUCACAGACUCUAUCCGCAACAAUGCCCAGGAGGUCUUGAAGGAAGACUACACAAAGGCGCGGGGUGUGGCUCUUGAUGCUGCCAAGAGUAGAGCUUGGUUCUACCCGAUCAAGGGCAUCUUCUACUUUCUCUCUCACCGGACUCUAUGGCAGCCCUUUGUAUCCAAACUGCCGCAGUAUCUUGCUCUCUACGGCAGCGUCACGGCUGGCAUGUUCACCUUCACCUACCUCCCCCAGUUCGCCGUGCUGGUCUUUGUCAACGGACCCCUCGCUGUCUUCACCACGGUCUUCCUGAUUCUGAACGAGUCCUCCACCAUUGUCAACAUGAUAUCCAAGAACUAUCUAUUGCAGGACUCUCUGCUGGACACCUUUGACGGCACCCUGCUGACGCGCAACAAGACGGACAUGGUGAAGGAGGGCCGCGAAGUUCGCUCCGGAAGCAAUCCCAUGGCCAAGUUGGGCAAGGUUAUCAUGAGCCCUUUUGCAAAGUUUAGUCCCAAAGCGAUUGUCCGGUACUUUAUGUACUUGCCCCUCAACUUCAUCCCCGUUGUUGGCACGGCGGUAUUCGUCUUCCUCCAAGCCAAGGGACGUGGGCAAGGCGUCCAUGACAGAUUUUUCCAACUCAAGAAGUGGUCGGCUUCUCAACGUGGAGACUGGCUGAAGAAGCACACGGGGCCUUACACAGCUCUGCAGGAGCACGAGGCGCAGGAGUCGGGCCUCACCGUCGACAAGUCUCAGUGA